AGGUAGGCCGCGCUCCCUUGGCCUCGGCUUACGUGCAUUACGUCUGACGUCAGAGCGUCAGCUGGCCGAAUGUUUACAUCAAGCAGUUGUGUUUCAGACUGGAUACCCCCGACAACAAAAGGCUGAGCACAAGGAAAACCGCAAAGCCAGAGAACAUUAGUCGGCGUGUCUGCAAGAAUGGGUGGAGCUGUGAGUGCUGGUGAGGACAAUGAUGACUUGAUUGACAACCUGAAGGAGGCUUACUACAUCCGUUCAGACCUGGUGGAGCGGGCUUUUCGAGCUAUUGACCGGGCCGACUAUUACCUGGAUGAAUACCGGGAUAAUGCUUACAAGGACUUGGCAUGGCGGCAUGGAAACAUCCACCUGUCUGCGCCAUGUAUCUACUCGGAGGUGAUGGAAGCUUUGGAUCUCCACCCUGGCCUCUCCUUCCUCAACCUUGGCAGUGGAACCGGCUAUCUCAGCACCAUGGUCGGCCUCAUACUGGGACCAUUUGGAGUGAACCACGGCAUAGAGUUACAUGCAGACGUGAUCGAGUACGCCUACCAGAAGCUCGACUCUUUCAUCAAAAACAGCGACAGCUUUGACAAAUUCGAGUUCUGCGAGCCAACCUUUGUUGUGGGUAACUGCUUGGACAUCCCUCCAGAGAGCCGUCAGUAUGACAGAGUGUACUGUGGGGCCGGCGUACAGAAGGAGCAUGAGGAUUACAUGAAGAACCUGCUCAAGAUGGGGGGCAUCCUGGUGAUGCCUCUUGAGGAAAAGUUGACCAAGAUCACCCGGACGGGAGCGAGCAGCUGGGAGACCAAAAAGAUCAUCUCUGUGUCCUUCGCUCCUCUGGUGCUGCCUAAACAUAGCACAAAUGGCAAACCCCACACCCUCAGGGUGACCACAGAUGGAGGGGACAACCAGUCACGAGGCAGAGGUUCCUCUUUCAGUAUGAGAGGAAACAGGAGGGUGGUGAGAGGAGGAGGGGUGGUGGAAGAGGAGGAGACAGUGGAGGAAGAGGAUGAAGAGGAGGAGGAGGAGGAGGAGAAGGAGACCGGGGAGCUGCUUCGGCCCCAGCCAGCCGUGAACAUCCUGAGAGAGAGGAUACUGGGCCUGCCUCUGCCUGAGCCUCUGAAGAUGUACCUCCUGUACUACAGAGAGAAAUGAGCUAGAGCCACAACCAGGUCCUGAGUUAGAACCCAGAGCUGAACGCAGCAGCCCAGUGGGGGCUGAAGCCUCAGUUACAACCCCGCCACCACCUGUACAAGGCAGGACAACAUGCCACCUACCCACUGACCCCAAGCUCCACCAUGGGUCUCUUUCGGUCACCUGUCCUCAUCCUCUCCAUCAUCCGUUCUUUUUCCUUCUCCCUCUUUUUUGCUCUGCCUCCCACUGUGCUUUAGUGAUUUGUUUCCUGACACUGUAAAGAGUCAGUUCAUUUUGUCCAGUGGAGGGUGGAUGGAGAGUUUAGCUCUUCUGGGAACAGAAAUGGUUCACACCAGUGUUUCAGCCAACCAAACAGCCACUGAUGUAAACUUUGUGUCUCCUUUGGUGUGCAGUUAAUUAUAAAAUUGCUGUGCAGCUGUGUAUAGAUAAUACACUACUCGAGCAUAGCCUAACAACAGCCUAACAGCCCACAGUUACCUCAGAAUCCACACCUUAUUAAAGGCAACUUAGCAGUGCUGAGCAGGAGAAGCAUCAUUGUUUAGUCUACAAUAUCAGAUUAGACAUUGCAGCAGAGUUCAAACACUGUAGCAACAAAGCGAGAGAGCAGAGCAGAAGAAGUACAGAAGGCAUAGGGCUUGAGCAGCUCUUUUCUAUCCACUAAUUGUUGUUGUGCCCCAGGUUAGAAAGUCUAUGUUGAUUGUACAAGCUAGUUUGUCACAUAAGGUGAUGUGUGUAAUGUAUAAAAAGGAUGGUGUAAUUUUCCAGAGGAGGAGUUGGCUCAGGCUCGACUUUGUGAGUGUGGAAAAUGUGUGCUAAAAAAAUCAACAGUGUAAGAAGUCCAUUUUCUCUCUUAAUGUAUCAUAUUUAAUGAUACCGUAGCUACAGCUAGUGACCAAGGUGGCGUGGCAGUUGUGAUUAUUUCCACUGAUUUCCAAAUGAAAUGGGAGCCUUGCCUUGAGCCCGUGGUCCAUUUACAUUCAGAGACCCAGGGUUGGUCUUUAUUCACAGCAUUUUUUUUAGAGACUAGUUGAUUUAAUAGAAGGUUGAGUUUUUCCUUCUUCUAUGCAUAUCGUUCAUUGUAUGAGUUAAUGUCUUUGUCUCCUGGUGUUGUUGUAUAUGGAGAUGAAACCAACCUAAGUUCUUACACGUGUAUGUAAAGGGCAGUCUCACUGGUUUUCUCUACAUCCCAUUGUACUCUCUUAAUUAAAAGAGAAUGACCAUAAAAGAUCACAUACUUACUAAUAUUCCAAUUUAUGUAAAAAAAAAAAAUUGAAGUGGUGUGUACAUAAGAAUGUGUUUGUUUUGUGAAUCAUAAAAUUCAUGAAGAUACUUUCAUAUAUAGAAGUAUCUUUUAAUACAUUUUUCAGUUGUAGUUUCUAGUUCGAUGGGGCAUUAUUCCUUUGUACUUUAUGCUUCUCUGCCAAACGUUCUGUUCCUUUCUGUGCCAAACUUAAGUUGCAUGGACUAAAGUUUCAAGUGGAAACAGCAGAUCAACAGCAAGUCACUCAUCUGAAAAAAGCUGACAAUUUAUUGUUUACCAUUUUUAAAACCGCUCCACUACUACUGAAGUCAAUUAUGUAUUACAUUUUACCAUUAAAAGCCUUAGAUUUCUCCUAUUUGAAAGUAUGUAUGUCAAGAAUGUUUGCAUUCUUUGCAUAAGGCAAUGCAGAAGCACCUGGAUCAGUAAAUACAGUUCACUAGAUAAAUAGGGAUGGAACGAUAUGACUUUUUCUCGAUGCGAUUCGAUGCACGAUAUGGUGUGUGCUAUUUGCUGACGGUGUCCAGGCAGACGAUGUAGGACAUGAUCUGGGGUAGCGCCUAGGGAAUGUGCUGAUAUAUAUUAUUUUUAACUUCCCAUAUCUGUCCACUGCUCAUUUUUGUUAUGUGCUUGGACUGUUUUUACUAUAUUCCAAAUCUUUGGGGCCGUAGUCAGGUAAAUGGCGAGUCUUAGACUAAAAAAUGAGUCUGCCAAGCCUGGUCGUGGUAGGCCACGUCGGCAGUCCCCGGUGAAGCUAGAUGCUAAUGAAGACAUGCUACACUACAUUGAAGUUAUGAUGGAUGAUCUAUGGGCUGAAAUUAUUACUAAAGUCGGCUCCAUAAUGUCAGAGUCUCUAAAGAAAGACGUGGCAAUCGCCUUGGGGCCAUUGGAGGAAAACACUGCUGCACAAAGCUGUACUGUUUUGGAUCUGGAGCGCUCCGCUAAGGAGCAUUACGAUCAGCUAGUGUGUAUGUUUUGAUUUGAUCAUGAUACAAUUAAAAAUUCAAUGACAACAAUGUAUGAAUAGCUGUGAGAUACUUGUACUUUAUUCCAGUCCCCUCCUUUUUAGUGCUUUUUUGCUUAUGUGAAGAACAACCAGAUAUAUUUACUUACGCUUUGUUCUUAUUUACAAAAAAUAUGUAGUCACUAGUGUAUGGAGAACACACAAUAUAUAUCACUAGACAAAAGAUACAUAUUGUGGUGUUUUUGUGGCACGAUAUAUUGUCCCAUUACUAUAGAGAAAUUAUUGAUGUGAUCACAUUAAUGGUAGGACUCUGAAUAUUUGCAGCUUAUAUUGAUAACACCUGAUUGGGGGAGUGAGUCCAAUAAGCAGGUCCUUAUUAGGCCAGGAGAUGCCCAUCCCUGCUGGUUCUUGCUGAGUGUAGCUUUACUAUUUGACUGUUCUUCCAUUUCUGCUGCUGCUGGAUCUGCCUUUGAGUGCUGUAUGUAGACCAUUCCAAUAUUUGAUUCAAGUACCAUUCAUGUUGGUUGCUGUGCCGUUGUGGUUCUUUGCUGAAUGUACAUGGUCAUUAUUAUUUUUUUUUUAAUUUCUGCACUUAACAUGAUGUUUUGGUGAGAAUGACUUGCUUGUUUUUAAAACUGAGCUGUAGUAUUGACUGCUGCUAAUAAAGUCCAUUAUACAAAAGAAAGACCAUUUGAAAAUGAAAUGAUUUGAUUAGAAAAGACAGCAGCUACUGUUCUCAGCAUUAACAACGUACACAUAUUGGGCUUCAUCUUGGUUUAUGAACACAAGAAAAUCAAUCUUUAAGAGAUUUUAGGUGUUUUUCUAAAUCACUGUUCGUCUGAAAGAUAAGAAAAAGAACAUUUAAAAAGUGGGUUAACCAGCGCUGAGGGCUUUAUCUACACUAUUUUGGUUAUAGAAAUGUAUUGUAUGUGUAUAUUUUUUAGAUUUGGAUAAAAUUUGGAUUUCAUAUGUGUCUAUAGUUCCACCGGAUACACAAAGGAAACAAGAUAAUAAUGUACCCAAAAUUAUAAUCUUACUGUUCUUCAACCAUUUUGAUUACACUUAUAACCCUGGUCUCAUUUCAAAGGUAACUUGUUUAUUUUUAUUGAUAUAAAUGGGCAUAUAAGGUCUGUAGUAUUAAACAGUAAGUGAUGAAUGCUUUGGAGUAACAUGUCUGAACCAUUUAUCUAAUGGCAUUUUUGCCAUCCAAUAUUUUGUUACAGUACCUGAUAUUUUUGUACAUAUUAAUAAAAGGCCUAACAGAGUAAAUUACUCAUUAAAACUUUAUUUCACAAAAGCAAUGAAAUCAAAACAUUUCAUACGCUUUACUCUGUAGAUUUAAAAUGAUUGACAUAAAGCAUUGAAAGGUCCUUUAAGCAUUCCUCCACUACCUGUACCCUCUUCCACAAUUAACUAAAAGCACUGGUAUUCCACCAAGGACACUGUCUGAUCAUCUGCCACAGACCCCACCUUACCUGUCACUCCACUGUUGUCUGUCUCUGGAGCCCCACUCUUCCCCCUUUGCCUACGGCCAUGCUACUCUGGGCACGCCUGAUAUUUGAAGCAGCACUGGGCCUGGUCAGUACCUGCAUGCAAGACUACCUGGCACACCAGAUGCUGUAGGUUUAAGCCUACUCUGCUUAGGUGAUCUAUAUUCCAACUCAUCUGAUCUGU